AUGGCACCCUUCUCGCAGGAACAGGCCAGGUUCAUCGAAUCUUGGCGUCGCUUCAUCCCCAACCGAGUCGAACGAGAAGAUCCUUUUGCUGAAGGUCCGUUCGGAAUCAGGCCUUCUACGCAACUGUCGUUCCACCCGCCUCAAAAACCCGAGCCCUCCCGAAGAGCAUCCACACGUCUCAGCUUCUUCCGUGCUGCCACGCCUCUCUUUGGGAGAAGCUCGACACCUCCCCAAGCUUCGGCGGCCGUGAGGCCAGCCACGGUUCUGGGUUUGAGGUCGGCGCGAGACGACCAUCCUGGCGGAAAGCGAGGCUUCUUUCGGCGGCUGCUUCACAGAGGGUACAAGGAGAAGAGGGCCAGAAGCCCGACGCCAGAGCCGUUCUUCAUCGCCAUUGAGCCGAUUCGCCUGAAUUUCCUGUUUGUCGGGCCGAAGAAUUCUGGGCAGACGUCUUUGUUGUUUCGCUCUCGAUAUGGAUAUUUCCCUGAUGAUACCUCUGGAGCGCCGGACCUGAACGCGGUGACGACGCUGUCGUAUAUGAAGUGGGACGCCAUAUUCCUCUGCUUUGACACCAUGGACAAGAUCUCCAUGUUCAGCAUUCUAUCCUGGUGGCACCACGCCGUCGUGGAUGGGUUCCUCGAGAGCCAGAGGUUCGUGCCCAUGCUCCACCUCGUGGGCAUGAAGAAGGACCUGAGGGAGCAGCGGUUCUUGGAGAGGGAGGAGAGGAGAGCACGCGCCCCCGCGUCGUUUCCCCCGUUUCCGCUGUGUUGCGUGUGCCCUUCCGAUGCUGCUUGGCACGCUGGGCAGAUUGGCGCAGAGGGGUACUUGGAAUGCUCUGCGCUGACGGGGGACGGGAUGGACAGAGUGAUUGAAGAUGUUGGGAUAGAGGCUACGAGGCGGACAAUCAUGCGGAUGAAUGAGGCGGCUGCUGGUGACUUGGCGGUUCAUGGGGGUACAAUCAAGAAGAGACGUCGAGUCUUCUGA